GGUGGAGCCCGCAUUGGUCAAGGCUCUUGGUACCGAGCGGACGAAGGCCGGCUGCCCGCCAGCUUCUAGACUCAAACUCCUGCCCACAAUGAGCUGGCUACAUCUCUCCUUCAGUCUGUUGUUAUUGCUGCAAAGUGUGUCUCCUGCUCCAGGGACCCCAGCUACAGUGAACCCCUGCUGUUACUUCCCAUGUCAACACAAAGGUGUCUGUGUGCGCUUUGGCCUGAACCACUACCAGUGUGAUUGCACCCAAACUGGCUACUAUGGCUCCAACUGCACUGUGCCGGAACUAUGGACUAGAAUCCGGGAAGCCUUGCGCCCCAGCCCUUCUUUCUACCAUUUCAUCUUGACCCAUGGUCGCUGGAUCUGGAACAUUAUCAACUCUACCUUCUUACGAGAUGUUCUCAUGAGACUUGUGCUUACAGUUCGAGCAAACCUGAUUCCUAGUCCACCCACCUACAACUCAGAACAUGGUUACAUCAGCUGGGAGUCCUAUGCCAAUUUGAGCUUCUAUACGCGGGUCCUAGCCCCUGUACCUGAAGACUGCCCUACCCCUAUGGGGUUCAAAGGGAAUAAACAGCUGCCAGAUCCAGAGUUGCUGGCCCGACGCUUCCUGUUGCGGAAUGAAUUUGUGCCAGACCCUCAGGGGACCAAUCUUCUGUUUGCCUUCUUCGCCCAGCAUUUUACCCAUCAAUUCUUCAAAACAUCUGGCAAGAUGGGCCCUGGCUUCACCAAAGCCCUGGGCCAUGGGGUGGACCUCGGCCACAUUUAUGGAGACAACUUGGAGCGCCAGUAUCAACUCCGUCUUUUUAAGGAUGGAAAGCUCAAAUUUCAGAUGGUGGAUGGGGAGAUGUAUCCACCAUCAGUGGCUGAGACUCAAGUAUCCAUGAAAUACCCCGCAAAUGUGCCUAAAGCUCAACAGAUGGCCGUGGGUCAGGAGGUGUUUGGGCUGCUCCCAGGCCUCAUGAUGUAUGCUACCAUCUGGCUUCGGGAACACAAUCGUGUCUGUGACAUCUUGCGAGAUGAGCACCCCACCUGGAAUGAUGAACAACUCUUUCAGACAACCCGACUCAUCCUCAUAGGGGAGACCAUCAAGAUCGUCAUUGAAGACUAUGUGCAGCAUCUCAGUGGAUAUUUCUUGAAGUUGAAGUUUGACCCUGAACUGCUUUUUGGAAUCCAGUUUCAGUAUCAGAACCACAUCUCUGUGGAAUUUAACCAUCUCUAUCACUGGCACCCACUCAUGCCUGACUCCUUUGUGGUGGGGCAGGAGGAAUACAGCUAUGAGCAGUUUGUGUUCAAUACCUCCAUGCUUUUGGAUUAUGGUGUGGAAGCCCUGGUGGAUGCCUUCUCCCGACAGAGGGCAGGCCAGAUUGGUGGAGUUGGGAACAUCAACCACCAUGUGUUACAUGUGGCUGUGAGCACCAUUAAGGAGUCAAGGGAGCUGAGGCUGCAGUCCUUCAAUGAAUAUCGAAAACGAUUUGGCUUGAAACCCUACACUUCCUUCCAGGAGCUCACUGGAGAGAAGCAGAAAUCAGCAGAACUGGAGGAGCUAUAUGGAGACAUUGAUGCUUUGGAAUUCUAUCCAGGCUUGCUUCUAGAGAAAUCUCUGCCUGAUUCUAUCUUUGGAGAGAGCAUGGUGGAGAUUGGGGCCCCCUUCUCCCUCAAGGGGCUGUUGGGGAACCCCAUAUGUUCUCCUGAGUACUGGAAGCCAAGCACAUUUGGUGGUGAGACUGGUUUCAACAUUGUUAAGACAGCCACGUUGCAGAAGCUGAUUUGUCUCAAUGUCAAAACAUGUCCCUAUGUUUCAUUCCGUGUGCCUGAUCUACACCAAGAAGACAACCAGAAGGUGAAGAGGCCAUCUGCUGAGCUAUGAGAGCAGCACUGGCAUUCCAGAAAGCUAUGUGUGGUUCCUGUUUGUGAUCUGGAAUUUGGGUUCUUAGUUUCAUGUUUCAGACUGUUGGGUCCUUAUUUGGUUUCCCCGGUGUUCUGGAACACUGCAUUCUUAGCUAGCAUUUCAGAGUUUUGGAUUUCCUAAUAGAGCUUUGGUUCCUAAUAGACAUCCUGGAAUACUGACUGGCUUUCUAGAACCCCCAGAUCCUAAUUUGGUUCUCUAAAGCACUGAUUUCCUCUGCCCUCUCCAAAUGAGUCACUAAGAGAACUUUGAUCACCUAAGGAAGGACUCUUCCAUGUGCUCAGGGUCCAGGAAAACAAUAUUGUGUGGGACAAUGGAUUGCUGAUGAAAGUGGUGAGGUGAGAUUUCUUCCUGACCCUCAGAUCCAGCCUAGUGUGUUGGUAAUGGUGGCAAUGAAUGGGCAGAGAGAAUAGCUGAUCUGCACUUCCCUAACAGUACUCCCUCUUCUCUUGCCUUGGAUUUCCCAAGAGGGACUCCCAGAUCAUCAGCUGAGACUAAUAAAAUUAUCUUUUCAAAAUGUC